AUGUCGCGCCUCUUACCCGGCCUCGGCGCGCUGCGCUGUGCCAUCCGCCGACCCAUAUCCGUCAUCCGCGCUCGUCCGCUCUCAAGCUCGCCCGCCACGUCAAAGCCACGCCUCACCCCUUCGACCUCGCUACUCACGAAUGAACGCGUCAACGCCCUCUGGGCGCGGCAGCCGCACCCCUCUGCUCCACCUGCUAGCAUGACCCACCGCUUCCUCCAUCGCGCCUUCUCUUCCUCCCCCCUCGGCCGGAUUCGGGACCACUACAACCGCUCCUCCGGCAACGGACGUCCCCCUCCCCGCCCCGGCGUGCUCGACAUGAUCCGCGCCCGUGUGAACCGCUGGAACCCUCUGCAUGUCGUGUACAUCAUCAUGGCACUUAACGCGAUUGUCUUCCUGGCUUGGCAGUACGCCAUUUCCUCAUGGCAACGGUUCCGCGACCCGUCCCUCUACAACUGGAUGUGGAAGAACUUUAUCCUCUGCAUGCCCAACAUCACCGAAGGGCGGAUUUGGACUCUGGUCACGAGCACUUUCUCUCAGAUGAGCACAGCGCACAUCUUCUUCAACAUGCUCGGCCUGUACUUUAUGGCUCCAGCGGUGGCGGGUCUUCUUGGCGCUUUCAACUUCCUAGGACUGUAUAUUGGCGGCGGACUGUUUGCCGGUAUCUGCUCACUCGCGUACCAGACAUUCAACACUAACAAGACUCGUCGCAUUGGGGGGUCCGAAGGCGCCAGCGGAGCCAUCUACGCUUGCCUCGCGUUCUACGGCACCAUCUUCCCACAGGCAACUUUCCUGCUCUUCUUCAUCAUUCCAGCGCGUGCGUGGAUGGUCGUUGGCGGCUUGUUCGCGUGGGACUUCUGGCAGGCCAUCACCUCGCGCCAAGGUCUGACCGACUCCGCUGGCCACGCUGGCGGCAUCGCGUUCGGCGUCGCGUCGGCUCUCUACGCUCGUCACAAGUAUCUUGGCUCGUGGCGCCGCGGGUUCCGCAUGUAG